AUGUUACAGGAAGUUACCCCAAUCAUCACGGAUAGCAUGAACAGGGACCUAAUUAGAGACAUUUCUGAAGCGGAAGUCAGGAAGGCUUUGUUUGCCAUGCAUCCGGAGAAAACUCCAGGACCGGACGGAAUGACAGCUUUAUUUUUCCAACGUUUCUGGCCUUCCUUGAAAGGGGACUUGGUGGCUCUGGUUAGAGAGUUUUUUCGAACGGGUGGUUUUGACCCCCGGCUAAAUGAGACCAAUAUUUGUCUAAUUCCUAAAGUUGAUAGGCCGCAGCGUAUGACUGAGUUUAGGCCGAUCAGUCUAUGUAAUGUGAGCUACAAAAUAAUAUCUAAAGUGCUGUGCUUUAGGCUUAAACGGUUCUUGCCUCUCCUGGUUUCGGAAACACAGUCGGCUUUUGUUUCUGGUAGGUUAAUUACGGAUAAUAUUCUGGUUGCUCAAGAGAUGUUUCAUGGGCUCAAUACUAAUCGCCGGUGUAAUUCGGAGUUUCUGGCUUUUAAAACGGAUAUGAGUAAGGCUUAUGAUCGGGUUGAAUGGGAUUUUUUGGAAGCGGUCAUGCUUAGAUUGGGAUUUGAUAGGAAAUGGAUAUCAUGGAUCAUGUGGUGUGUUUCUUCAGUGUCGUAUCAAGUUCUUAUGAAUGGUCAGCCUCGGGGUUCUAUUAUUCCGCAUAGGGGAUUGUGUCAGGGGGACCCUUUGUCACCGUAUUUGUUCAUACUUUGUACUGAGGUCCUGAUAGCGAAUAUAAAAAAGGCAGAACGGGAGAAAAAAUUGACGGAGGCGACUGAAUGCCAGACGGUUAUGGAAAUUAUUAGUAAUUAUGGCAAAGCUUCAGGGCAAGAGGUUAAUUUAGCGAAAUCUUCUAUAAUGUUUGGUAAGAAGGUUCCUCCUGAGGUGAGGGAUCAGUUGAAAUCAAUUAUUGGUAUAUCUAAAGAGGGCGGUAUGGGUUCUUAUUUGGGAAUUCCUGAAAGCCUCCAAGGUUCAAAAACAAAGGUUUUUGGUUAUGUCAAGGAUAGGCUAGAUGAUCGUGUUAAUGGUUGGAACGCAAAGUAUUUAUCAAAAGGUGGUAAGGAGAUUAUGAUUAAAUCGGUGGCGUUAGCUCUGCCCACUCACGUGAUGUCAUGUUAUAAAUUGCCGCAGGAGUUAAUGUCUAAACUAACGAGUGCUAUUUCAACUUUUUGGUGGAAAUCCAAUGAUAAGGCUAGAGGUUUACAUUGGGUGGCUUGGGAUAAAUUAUGUAAAGAUAACUGUGAAGGGGGUCUAGGUUUCAGAGCUCUGGAACAGUUUAAUGAUGCCAUGCUAGCGAAACAGUAUUGGCGGUUAAUUCACUACCCGACGUCCUUAAUGGCUAGGGUGCUGAAAGGGCGAUAUUUCUGGAAUAAACAUCCUUUGAUGGCCACUAAACCAUAUAACCCUUCCUUCGCUUGGAGAAGUAUUUUCUCUACCAAGGAAUUAGUAGCGCAGGGUGCGCGGUGGGCAGUUGGUUCGGGUUGUUCUAUCUCGGUUUGGCGAGAUCCUUGGAUACCUGAUACUCGACCACGUCCAGCAAACGGUCAGGGAAGACUUUGGCUACCAAGCUUGAUGGUUAAUCACCUAAUUAAUCCUGUUACGAAGGAUUGGCAUUUGCCUACCCUGGAGGAGUUUUUGGAUCCAGAGGAUGUAGCGAUUAUUCGAGGUAUGACGGUCAGUAAAGUCCUGAAACCGGAUAGAUUAGUAUGGCACUUUACCAAAUCAGGGAAGUAUACGGUUAGAUCCGGAUAUCGGCUAGCUCGGGAUUUAAUGGCGGAGGUUGAGUAUGGGCCGACAUGUAUGGCCCUUAGGGCCCAUUCGUGGAAACUUGACGUUCCCCCGAAGAUCCAACAUUUCUUCUGGCAGGUUGCCUCGGGCUCUCUUCCAGUGCUAGAACGGCUUGUGCAUAGGGGUGUCCGGUGCGAUCCUUUGUGUAAACGAUGUGAGUCUGCACCAGAAACUAUAAAUCACGCUCUUUUUGAGUGUCCUCGUUCGCGUGAUGUCUGGGCACUGUCCUCGGUUUCGUCAGUUCCAGACGGCUUCCCAUAUGGUUCAAUCUAUGCAAAUUUAGAUUUUAUCUUCUGGCGUGCGACUUCCCAAUCAGGGGAUCCUGAUAUAGCCUCUCGGCUUCCCUGGAUUUUAUGGUCAUUAUGGAAAGAUCGGAAUAAAAAGGUUUUCCAGGGUUUAGCGGCUGAGCCGGUAGAUAUAUUAAAUCAGGCGCAUAAUGAUAAAUUGUUAUGGGAGGAGGCCAAAUCUUUCUCGGAGAGUUAUCUGCAUCCUCCGGCUGUGUUGGAGGACAGGGGGCCUUUCCCUCGGUGUCAGAUUGAUGGGUCAUGGAAAGGUUUAGACCCUCUACAGGGUUUGGGUUGGUGGUGCUUUAGUAGUGAAGACUCGACGCUUCUUCUCGGUGCACGGAGUAUUAGACGGGAUUCUAUAUCCUUACAUGCAGAGGUACAAGCGUUGAUCUGGGCAAUGGAGUCCUUGUUGGCGGCUGGAGUUGACUGUCAGAUCUUCGAGACGGAUUGUGCAGAACUAGUAGCGAUGGUGCAGAUGCCUGAUGAUUGGCCCGCUUUUUCGAACCUAUUGGAGGAGUUUCUCUUGCUCAAAACAUCAUUUCUUUCCUUCGCUCUCACCAAGAUUCCUCGUGACCUCAACGUUAGAGCAGAUUGUCUUGCCCGUUCGUCUAGAUCUUUGUUUUCUGAAAGUUCAUUUGUAAACACUUUUCCUCCAGGUUGGGCAACUAACUUUGGAGUUACUUUUUAA